CGGCCGCGCUUGGUUGGCGGCGGGGCGGGAGGGAGGGCGGGCGCCUCUUGUUCGGCGUCUCAUGGCGGCGGUGCCCGUGCGGGGCUGAGGAGCGGCGACCGCGGGCUCGGUGCCGCCUCCCCCCCACCCCGGUCCCCGCUCCCUAUGAACCCCCCGGCGGCCCCCGCUGAGGGGCCGGCCCCGGCCGUGCCGUCCGGCGUGGAGCUGGGGCUGACGGCCGUCCACACGGCGCUGUGCGCCGCCCUCUUCCUCUUCGCCUACCUGCAGCUCUGGCUGCUGCUCUACUACCGGCAGCGGCGGCUGAGCUACCGCACCCUCUGCCUCUUCCUCGGCCUCCUCUGGGCCGCCCUCAGGACCACGCUCUUCUCCUUCUGCCUGCAGGGCUCCCCCCGGGCCCUCCGCCUCCAGCAGCCCUUCGCCCACUGGCUGCUCUACUGCCUGCCCGGCUGCCUGCUCUUCUGCAGCCUCUGCCUCCUCACGCUCUACUUCGCUGAGGUCAUAUUCAAAGUGAAAUGUGCAGCUGAAUUCAACAAGUACAGGGUCCUCUUGUACCUGGGCUCCGUACUUACCAGCCUCCUCUUCCUCGUUGUGAACCUGACUUGUGCAAUGCUGAUCCACGGGGAGGUCCCGCAGGACCAGCUGAGGUGGACGGUCCUUGCCCGUGCCCUGGUCAACGACAGCCUCUUCAUCCUCUGUGCAAUCUCACUGGCUUGCUGCAUGUGCAAACUGGGAAAGAUGUCUUCAGCCAACGUCUACCUCGAGUCCAAGGGGACAUCUGUCUGCCAAGCUAUCCUUGUGGGAUCUGUAGUUGCUCUUCUGUAUUCCUCAAGGGCUUGCUAUAACCUGGUAGCUGUGGCCAUAUCUCCAGACAGUGUUCCUGGUCCAUUUAAUUAUGGCUGGGACAACCUUUCUGAUAAGGUGCGCGUGGAAGCGAGCAGCGAAGAAUACGUCGUGUUCGGAGUGGUCCUCUUUCUCUGGGAGCUGGUGCCAACCACCUUCGUGGUGCUGUUCUUCCGGGCUCAGAGACUGAGCCAGAACUUGACUCCAGCGGGAAUGGUCAACAGUCAUAGUUACAGCUCCAGAGCCUACUUCUUCGACAAUCCAAGGCGCUACGACAGCGAUGACGACUUGUCGCGGCUUGGGGCCAGAGAAGGAGGCUUGGCCACCCCUCAGUGCUCUGGCUGCUAUGGGUCCCUGGCUGGGAACGACAGCUAUGCGGCGGGUCCCCAGCUCGGCGGGGCUGCUGCAGACAGUGCCCCCUUGCUCUUUGCUGCCGGCGGCUCGGAGGCGAACGCCCACCAGAGCUCGUACCCCGCGCCGCAGAACUGAGGAGGCUGCGAGGCCCCUUUCCUCCCAGAAGUGGCAUUCAUGUAUAGGAUUGUAACCUGGUCUUUUUUUUUUCCUCUCCCUCUUCCCCUGAAGCAUCUAACUCAUUGACACAAACAUUCCACUACCUGCCGCAGCCGUGAGCGGGACUGAGCCUAUGGCUGCGGGCAGUGAGCAAGAAGAGAACUGUGACUUUAAGGUACCAUGUAGCAAAGUGAAGCUGAACCCUCUGGAAGCUUUUUCUUGGUCUGGUCCUCAAGAUGUUGGCAGCUAAAUGCACCAGAGCUUCCUCACUAGAAAAAGAAACAUCAAAUGCAUAUUUGCACUUUUAUCUGCACACUUGGAAGGAACGAAUCUCGCUCAGACCCCGCCUGGUCUGAGACUGUUCUAGUUACUCUUUUAAUUGCACAUCCGUAGCUGGGAGAGGCGCUGUCUUCCUGCAAAGAUGUAUUCCG